AUGCAGGCUCCAUUGUUUUCGUUGUUACAUAAACAACAACGACCAACUGACAAUCAUCAUAUUGUCAAUCGACAUAAUGUCAAAUUUUUUAUUCGAAUAUUUGUUGGUCUUGCUUUGGCUCAUAUUAUUGGUCAACGAUUUCGACCGAUUACUGCUGCUCCACGUAGUACAAAAUCAAAUUGGAAAUAUCGACCACAAAAAAUACAAUCAACAGCUGCUUCUGUCGACCAAAUCGAUGAUGGAAAAACAACUAUUAUUACAACAACAACUGUUGCAUUAACUACAAUCGGUUGGAAACCUGGACAACGUAAAAAUUGUACUGAACCUUCCAUCGAUGAAUUUCCCGAAGAUCUUUUUACUCAAUCACAAAGACGUCAUGGAGCUAUUAUAUUUCAUUUUAUUGCUUGUCUUUAUAUUUUCAUUGCUAUUGCAAUAGUUGUCGAUGAUUAUUUUAUAUCAGCAUUGGAUAAACUUUGUGGGGCAUUAGGUCUUGAUGAAGAUGUUGCAGGUGCAACAUUCAUGGCGGCCGGAUCAUCAUCACCUGAACUUUUUACAGCUAUUAUUGGUAUUUUUGUGGCUAAAGGUGAUGUUGGUGUAGGAACAAUUGUGGGUUCAGCUGUAUUCAAUAUUGUUUGUGUCAUUGGUGUAUGUGGUUUAUUCGUUAAUGGAGCAAUUCGAUUGACUUGGUGGCCAUUAUGUCGGGAUUCUCUAUAUUAUUCGAUGUCAAUCUUAGUUUUAAUCAUAUGUUUAUCAGAUGGUCGUAUAACAUUAUUUGAAUCAGUAUUUCUUCUUGUAAUGUAUGCAGGAUAUAUAACCAUCAUGUGUAAUAAUCAAAAAUUACAACGAUUAUUUGUUAAUCGAUGGCAAAUAUUCAAAUCAUAUGGUGGACCAGCUGAGCCAAUAAUAAAUUAUGCUAAUACUAAAAAAACAUAUGGAAUGAACAAUACUUAUGAACGAUUUGAUGAUGAUGAUGGUAGUGCCUUUAAUAAAAAUACAUCAAUAGGACAAAAUCGUAUACCAAUUGAUGAAAUGAUUGCAAGAUCAUAUUUACCACUUGAUUUUGAAACAUCAGCACUUAAAUUAAUGAUGUCAAGAUAUUUUCGAACUCGAACUAGAUUUAAAAUGGCUGUUCGAUUUGUUAUUAGUCAAAUGCGAUCACAACAAGGACAAGGUGUAAUCCGUCCUCAAAAACCAGCAAAUGAAAGACGUUUUUCAUUUUAUCAAGGUCGUACACCAAGUUUAUUAGCAGCUGAAGACAAUUAUAAUGAUUGGAAAAAUAUUCCUGCUUAUAAUUAUGAUCCAAUAGGUUUUGUUAAAUGGGUAAUAAUAGCACCGAUUAAAAUUCUCUGCCAUUUUACUAUUCCCGAUUGUCGAAAUCCAAGAUGGUAUAAAUGGUACCCAUUUACCUUUGUCAUGGCUAUUGUUUGGUUAUGUCUAUUGACUUAUCUAAUGGUUUGGAUGGUCACAAUUAUUGGUUUUACAUUUGGUAUACCGGAUAGUGUUAUGGGUAUAACAUUUUUAGCUGCCGGUAGUAGUGUACCAGAUGCAUUGAGUAGUGUCUUAGUAGUUCGUCAAGGUCUUGUCGAUAUGGGUGUAUCGAAUACAUUUGGUUCGAAUGUAUUUGAUUUACUAGUUGGUCUUGCUUUACCAUGGUUUUCUAAAGUAUUAGUUAGUGGAGAAGCAGUACAUAUCAAUUCUAAUGGACUUAUGUACGAUUCUGUUCUUUUACUUGGCAUUGUUGCUAUAACGGCAAGAAAAAAAUUUUAA